AUGGAGGACGUAGCGUUUUUGCGGGCAGAGUUGGACCGCGUGUCUGCAGAGCUACAGGAGACAACGGAGGAGAAGUUCCAGGCUGCUCAGUAUGGACUGGCUGUGUUGGAGCAGAACGCAGAGUUAAAGCACAAAUACUCAGACCUGGAGGCCGAAUGUGAGCAGCUCAGGAUGGAGCUAAAGCAAAUGAAGGAGGCCUUAACAGAAGCUCACAGCAACCAUAAAAGAACAGCGGCUGAUGGAGAGAACCGAGAGGAAAAUCUGCUGAAGGAAUCUGCUUCCAAGGAAGCCAAGCUAAAUACGAAGAUUGAUGACCUCCAGAGUGAACUGAAGCAGAUGAAGUCGUCUCUUGCCAACACCUCUGCAGAUAAUGAGCGCCUCACCCUAGUUAUACAGAACUUGAAGAAGGAAUGCCAAGAUAUGGAGAAGGAGAAGACACAGUUACGGGACGAGAUAAAGCAGUUAAACUUGGGGAGAUGCAACAUUUGCAAGACUUUUCUGAACUUGAAGAAGAAAAUAUUUCUCUUUUGAAACAAGUGUCUGUCCUAAAGGAAAAUCAGGUGGACUAUGAAGGACUAAAACAUGAACUGAAAAGAAGAGAUGAAGAGAUUGAUAUAUUAAAUGGUCAAUUGGAUGAGCUGGUCCGUCUAAAAGACAUAGCUGAGCGCCAGCUGGAGGAGGCCUUGGAGACCUUGAAAAGUGAGAGGGAACAAAAGAAUGAACUGAGGAGAGAACUGUCUGGGUACCUCAGUUAUGACUCCAUAGGAAACCUGCAGAUCAAUCUUGAAGACCCAAAUGAAGAGGAUUUUGACAGCGGAUACAAGUCCAAUGGAGAUGUCUUAAUGUCCACCCCACGUAACAGCGACAUCUUUCAUCCUGGACCCAAGCUGGCCUCCGAUCUCUUCACUGAGCUGAACCUGACCGAGAUUCAGAAACUCAAGCAGCAGUUACUGCAGAUGGAUCGUGAAAAGUCCAACAUAGAAAACAAUUUACAAGACCUGCAGAAGACUUUGGAUGUCGUUAGGAAGGACCUGUGUAAUGAACAACAGAGAAACAGUGAGUUGGUCGAGCAAAUUCAGGCUUUCCAGCAGGAAAACCUUCACCGGCAGGAGCAGGACAAUGGGAAUAACCUUGUGAAAUGCUCUUGUGGACAGGAAGAAACUGAACUGGCUAAACUUGAAAAAGAGCUGAAAGAAGUCCAGCAAAAAUAUCAGAUGUUUGAGGAAAAGUACCAAGAGGAACAAAAAAAGUGGGGAAUGAACAAACAAGCUUCCCGUAAUGAACUGCAGUCAUCUUUCCAAUCCGAGACCGAUGACCGAGGGCUCUUGUCCGAUCUCCAGGAAGAGUUGAGGACAGCACGGAGGCUCUAUUGUGACUUUCAGAGCAAGCUCAAUCUAGCCCAGGAGGAACUUUUGGCAUUCAUAGAAGAGCUCGCUCACCUCUACAACCAUGUCUGCAUGCGAAAUAACCUGACGCCAAACCGCGUCAUGCUUGAUUAUUACAGAGAUGGUAAAGGAGCAAAGGUACUUCUCAGAAAAAGAAAAUCUUCAGACUUCUUUGGAAAACUUGUGGUUAGCCCUGAUAUUGAGAUAACAGAGCUUCACAGUGGUGAGCGAUCCCCACUGAGUAGUCCUGACUCUACUUUGGGGUCAGAUUGUGCGGACUCCCCUAGAGAGCUGCUUAGCAUCACUCAUCUUGUAGCCAUUGUCAAGGACCAGAUUAAACACCUGCAAGGUGCUCUUGCUGUGUCGUGGCACCAGACAUCACUGGACAGUAUUGCUUCUGAUAUGGAAAAGGACAAAGAGGUUCUGGUGGAGGAGGUCAUGAAACUGAAAGCUUUGCUGAGCACUAAGAGGGAACAAAUAGCAACUCUGAGGACUGUUCUGAAGGCUAACAAGCAGACGGCUGAGGUAGCCAUGUCAAACCUGAAGAGUAAAUAUGAGAAUGAGAAGGCCCUAAUUUCCGAUACUAUGGUGAAGAUGCGACAUGAGUUAAAAGCCCUGAAGGAGGACGCGGCGACAUUUUCAUCAAUGCGCUCUGUAUUUGCGAGCAGGUGUGAUCAAUAUGUGAAUCAGCUGGAGGAUAUGCAACGCCAGAUUGUUGCAGCAGAGGAUGAGAAAAAGACAUUGAACACACUGCUGCGAAUGGCGAUCCAGCAAAAGUUAGCUCUAACACAGCGUUUGGAAAGCCGAGAUAGCGUUCAAGAAGUCUCCAAAACUAGCAGGACAAAAUCUGCUACAAAGUCUAAAACUCGGGCUUCCAAAUCCAAAAGUUAA